ACAGACAACUAACGGCAUAAUUCACACACUCCUUCGCAAAUAUUUCUCAGCAAGGAACACGGCUAUUUCAUCAGUCAAUGGCUAAGUCUGAGCGUCUUCUCCUCAGGGCAAACGGGCUAUUUGUCAGUGGCAUUCACUCUUAUAAUCCGCAAUGACAACGAGAGGAAGACGAAUGUAUAUCCUACCCAUAUUACUGAGACGGAGUAUCCUAGUUCCCUCUUGGAUAUUUCAUAGGAUUCGGGUUUAACUACAUUUUAGAUGUUCAACAUUGCCUAUAGUAAAUAAUCAACAACUUCUUGCUUUGAUGCGAAGAUUUUCUGGCGUUGUCUCAGGAAACCUACUUACAGAUACCUUCAAAUAACAGUCUUACUGAACCUAGCAGCAUUGGACCUGCAUAGAUUUUUGCACACAGACUGCACCGGGUAUUAGUAUGGGAAUGUAAACAUUUCCAUCACUCAACAGCAGCAGGUGCUAGCCAUCCAGACAAAUAGCCUAUACCCAAACCAGAACUAAGCCAUAAAACAAGCGGGAAAUCUGAUGAAUGGUCGGGUGGGUAUGAGAGGGGCGCCCCCAAGGUAAGCCCCAUGAGGAGUCAUAGAAGAUGCACCCAGUGUGGGCCACUCUGCUGCUCUCUGCCUUGUGCGCAUACAGCAUAUCCAGCAACCCAUUCACCUUGAGACUUGCUGCGGUUCUGGAUGACCCGAUGGAGUGCAGUCGUGGUGAACGCCUGGCUAUCACCCUGGCAAAAGAGGGCAUCAACCACGUUAGUAACCUCUCUGUGAUGGGCAAAGUGGAGGUGGACAUCUUUGAACUCCUGAGGGACAGCGAGUAUGAGACAGGGGACACCAUGUGCCAGAUCAUCUCUAAGGGAGUGUUGGCAGUCCUGGGACCCUUUGCCAGUCCUGCUUCAGACUCUGUCAUCAGCAAUAUCUGUGGAGAGAAAGAGGUGCCCUAUGUGAGGGUGGCCCCUGAAGACAUGCUGAGGGCCCGCUUCCCACGCUUCUCACCCCUGGAUCUGCACCCUACCAACACACACAUCAGCCUGGCUGUGGUGGCGCUGCUGUCCUUCUUCAACAGCACCAGCGCCUGUCUGCUUUGCGCCAGGGUUGACUGUUUAAUGAACCUCGAGCAGUUAUUGCGUCAGUUCCUCAUCUCCAAGGAGACGCUGACUGUGCGUAUGCUGGAUGACAGUCAGGACCCCACGCCUGUCCUGAAGGAGAUCCGCAAUGACCAGGCCGACACCAUUAUAGUGGACGCCAGUGUCACUGUGUCCCACCUCAUCCUGGAAAGGGCAUCAGAGUUGGGGAUGCUGUCUGUCUACUAUACCUACAUCUUCACUACAAUGGAGUUCUCUUUACUGCAGUUGGAUGACAUCCUGGUGGAGCGUUAUGUCAACAUACUGGGGUUUUCUGUCCUGAACCACAGCCAUCCUUACUUCUCUGACCUCCUCCUCAGUCUUAACCGCUCCUGGCAGGAAAACUGUGAACAUGCCCCUUUUCCUGGGGUCCCGCUCUCUCCAGCCCUGCUGUAUGAUGCUGUCCAUGUUGUGGUGUCGGCUGUGAGGGAGCUCAACUGCAGUCAGAGCGUAGGCGCCACACAGCUUACCUGUCAAUCACCCAAGAUAUGGGAGCACGGCACCAGCCUGAUGAACUACCUGCGGAUGGUUGAAUUGGAAGGUCUGACAGGACACAUAGAGUUCAACAGCAAAGGGCGCCGCUUCAAUUACACCCUGAGGGUGUUGCACAGCAGCUCAGAGGGGCUAAAGCAGCUUGGUGAGUGGCAUUCUGAGCAUGGUCUGUCCAUGGAGAGCGACGUCCACCUCCUUAAUGUGGCUGGUUCAGUCUUCAAUGCCACCCUCACCAUCACUACAAUUUUGGAGAACCCCUAUGUGAUGCUGAGGCCCGAUCACCAAGCCCUGGCAGGCAACGAGCGCUACGAGGGCUUUUGCGUGGACAUGCUGAGAGAGCUAGCCCAGCACCUGCACUUCAGCUACCGUCUGCAGCUGGUGGCAGACGGCAUGUACGGGACGCCGGGCCCCAACGGCACGUGGACAGGCAUGGUGGGCGAGCUCAUCUCCAGGAAAGCUGACCUGGCUAUAGCAGGGCUCACCAUCACCUCAGAGAGGGAGAAGGUCAUUGACUUCUCCAAACCCUUCAUGACCCUGGGCAUCAGCAUCAUGUACACAGCACACAUGACCCGUCAGCCGAGCUACUGGUCCUUCCUAGACCCCUUCUCUCCAGGUGUCUGGCUGUUCAUGCUCCUGGCCUAUCUGAUGGUCAGCUGUGUGCUCUUCCUAGUGGCCAGGCUAACUCCUUAUGAGUGGUGCAGUUCCGAGCCUUGCCUGCAGGGGCGCUGUAAGCUGGUGCUGAACCAGUACACACUGGGGAACAGUCUUUGGUUUCCUGUAGGGGGGAUCAUGCAGCAAGGCACUGCUAUCUCCCCCCAUGCCCUGUCCACACGCUGCCUCAGUACUGUCUGGUGGUUCUUCACCCUGAUCAUAGUGUCCUCCUACACAGCCAACAUGGCAGCCUUCCUCACCAUCCAGAGGAUGGAGGUGCCCAUUGACUCUGUGGACGACCUGGCCGACCAGACAACCAUAGAAUAUGGCACCAUGCAGGGAGGCUCUACCAUGAACUUCUUCCAGAACUCGCAGUACGAGACCUACCAGCGUAUGUGGAACUUUAUGCAUGCCAAGCAAAACAGUGUGUUUGUGACGAGCACAGAGGAAGGCAUCAACCGUGUGCUCAACUCUAACUAUGCCUACUUGCUGGAGAGCACCAUGAGCGAGUACUACCGCCAGCGCAACUGUAACCUUACACAGAUAGGAGGCCUGCUGGACACCAAGGGCUACGGCAUCGGCAUGCCACUGGGCUCAGUGUACCGGGAUGAGAUAGAUAUGGCCAUCCUCAAACUCCAAGAGGACAACCGGCUGGAGAUGCUCAAGAGGAAGUGGUGGCUGGAGGACAAGUGUUCUAAAGAGGAGGCCCAUCCAACGCAGGGGCUGGGCAUGGAGAAUAUAGGUGGGGUCUUCGUUGUCCUGCUGUCUGGUUUACUGUUGGCUGUGUUCAUGGCGGGGCUGGAGUUUGCCUGGGUCCAGCAACACACCAGGGGAUUACGGCUCUCCAUGUUUACAGAUAUGCUGAGGGCUCUCCAUUGGAUUCUGCUGUGUGAGAACAGUAUUGCUCUGCAAGGUUUAAGAGGCCCAGGUACAUUAUUACAGGCACACCCUCCGCUCCCGGGGGAGUGCAUGCCCGGGUCAGCCACUUGCUCCCUCAGUAACGGCAUGGUGCGCAGGAUGGAGAACAGUAGCAGUGAUCCUAUGGAUCCACUGUCUCAUAGACCCGAACAGGAAGCCAUUUUGGCUCCACUCGGCUGCACUCAUGUCCGCAUCUGCCCGGAGUGCAGGGGAUAUAAAGGACUGCGAAUGCGACCACCACCGACAAGAGAAUACUUACCAGAACUGAGAGAAGAGAAUGUUUAGCAUAUGUGUGUUUAUUUAAAUAGGGGAGAAGUGCCCAUAGACUUCAACAGGGAUUGAUUUUUUCUUUUCUAAAAUCACCUGCCUAAAAAAGCGGUCAGUAACAGGCAAAUUUCUUGCUCCCAAUUUUAAAAAAUGCAGUUGUCUGUUUUAUCUGAAAAUUAAUGUAAUAUUAAACUACGAACAAGAACGUUGGCCCCCCUAAAUCAAGCAAAUUACAUUUAACUUAAUAAUGGGAGUACAGUUUCACAUUGCCAAAUGAACUAUAUAGCCUUAACAAAACCAGAUGUACCUGCCACUCGUCUUUUGGAGAACAAAUGCAUAUAUUAUUAGUUUCACUUAACAAUUCAACAUAAGCAGGCUGAAUUUCCAGUAAAAGCCAACUCUCCUCAAAUAUGCAGUGGAUGCAUAAGGAGGCCAUCAUUUCAUCACCUGCGGUGUUGGUUAGAUGGUGAAGACAGCAGCAAGACGUGCUUGAGGGUACUAUACUAUGAUCAUUUCAACAACGUCAUUGGGUGGUGGCUAAAUGUUUUCUGUGCAUGAAAAAAACAUGUGGUUAGUGUGACAUCAAUGUAGUAUGUGUGGUCAGGUUUUAAAACCCAUGAAAAACUGCCAACAAUCAAUUAUUUACAGAUCAAGUCUAUUAAAAUGAUUAAAUUCCA